GAUCUCUCCUCAAAUAUUAAUUGUCUCCUGUCCUAAAGCACGCCCUUCACAUUGAAUUAUGCAGCGUACUCUAUCACAGGCUUUACUCUCAACUCAUUGGACUGUGACCUGGAUAUUUUUUGUUUUUGAUUUUUUUUUGUUUUGUUUUUACACUAAAUGCCUUUGGGAUUCAUUGGUGCUGUUCUUAAUUAGUACUAGUUUAUGUGCUACUCAGUUUAUAGUGUUUCUAAUGAUAAUAUGUUAAAAAAUAUAUUCACUAUUUAUUGUACUAUAAUGGUCAUUAAUUGGCUGGGUCAAGUCAGGUUGGUUUGCACUGAACUAAAACUGUCUUUUUUCCACAAGAGAGAGGACACUCUGGCGGUCAGUCAAAGUACUGUAACAACAGUACAGGCCAGAAGUGUCUUGGAUUGUGCUCUGACUUGUUUAUCCACUAACUGCACUUCUUUCUCUUUUGAUGACCAGCAGGACACGUGUGACAUAGGUAAUAUUACAGUUAGCAAUGUCGCUACAUCUCCACUGACUAACAUGUACAUCUCUUGCAAUGCGAAUGACGGCUUCAAACUUCUUAUCAAAGGUUCAGUCAUCGCUUGUGUUUAUCUGUCCAACAACCAAGUGGAUUACAUAUCGGCAAGAGAAAACUGUAAAGCCAUGUCUUCUCACCUUCUAACAGUCAAAACUUUGGACAAGCUGCAGAUGCUGCAAGACAAUUACAAGAGCAUAAAACAAAUCUGGAUUGGCCUCAAUGACAUCGAAGUCGAGAACGUCUUCAGAUGGGAGGAUGACAACAGUGUCUGUGACACCACUUGCAGGCCAAUGGUUUUUGAAUCAGGCAGGUAUUAA